UGGCCACAUGUCUCUCGGUGGUAACGCAUCCGUUUCCUCGUGGGAAGUUGCAGCGAAAAUGCGCCGUGUUUACGUAAUCCGCGGUAACACGAUGUUACGCCGGUGCUGAUAGAACAUGCAGGGAAUCUAGCGCGGGAGUUGUUCGCGGCAUUAUCGAGUGACGUUCCGUCGCGAAUUACAACACGAGAACACAGGGCACAUACAGUGAUAAAUAGUGCGUUUAGACCCCCGGAACGGUGUGUGUGCCGGAGAAGACCGAGGCAGCAGUUGCGUGCCCGACUUGUACGGUAGCGCUGCUUGCGACAAGUCGCGCGUAUGGUGCGCGUUCGCACCGCACUUCGCUUGACCGUACGCCAGCCGGGUAUUAUAGUUUCGCGACACGCGACGCCGUUAUUUUCGUAAUUGUCGCGUGGUAUAUAUAUAUAUAAAUAUAUAUAUAUAUAUACCGCGGUGUCGCUCCGCCACACACGCGCCGGUAAGAUUUGUCGCGUGCAAAAGCGCCGAGUCAGCGCACGCUCCGCGAGCCACGCCGGAAAGCGCACGGAUAGACGCAAAUCCGAAAGAGAAUUUUUCGCAACAACGUUGUUACGCGCGAUUUCGCGUCGAAACACCCGUUCGGAUGUCGCGAAGAGAAGAUCUCGAAGAGUAAUAGCCCGUGUGUGUGCUUUGUCCGCUUUGAGUGAAUCUCCUCUCCCGGCAUAUGUGUGCGUACGUGCCACGCGCGUGGUUUCCAGAAAGAAUCCGAACACGACCGACGUGUGUGGCUUAUCGGAGCGGAAGUCUUCGGACCGUAACCGCUCCGAAGUAUCUCGCCGUCGUGCUGUCCUCGCGUCGAAGAGAACGACCGACUAACCUUUCCCUCUCAAGCAUGGGACAGAGCACGUAGCAAGGACGCGAACGAGGUUAGUUUGCCCUGUCGCGUUCGCGAGUCAUUGUUUGUACUUUGAUUCUCCGUGAACGAGGGAAGAGAUAUAUCGGAUCGCGCCCUCGCGAGAGAGCGACGUCUCGUGGUGUUCGGGAAACGACGGUGACAUCCGUCUCUCCGCGAGUCUCGAGAAGAUCAUCGUGCUUCCUCAGCGCCGCGAUCAGAGCGGACCUCGUGUUUUUGUUCCUCCCGACAGCGUGCGCGCCGCAAGAUGGCGGCCAAGCUUGCCAACCAAGGUGGCGCUCGGAGCGCCAGUGAGAGGCAGGAGGCGGGGCCGUGUCAGUCCUACGCCAGUGUGUUAAACCCGAAGGGUAGCUCUCAGAGUCGGGCAGGUGCUUUCAAGAGCAACAAUAAGGAGAACAUAGUCGAUUCGUCGGUGUCGCAGCACCAACAGCCGCAGCAAGCGCAGCAACAGACCGCGAGUUCCGUGAAAGAAAGACUGGUCUCGAGUGUCGACCGAAAGUCCUGUCAAAAAUUGUCGCGGGUGCAUUCGGUUAAUAAAACAACAAAUCAGUCUGUGUCGAGCAACGGUGCGGAGAACUCUCGUGGUGAUCGCGAACAUUACGUGAACAAUUCGUCGAGUAUGCCGAGCGUGCGUGCGGAAAAACCGAACAGCACCGCUACCGCUAACAGAGAUUCGCUUGAUUGCUCUCGCAACGUGGACCGCGAGAAUGCAAAUCAGCUGAACAACGUGGACAGCAGUAACGGAGAGGGUGAGUUUCAGACGGUCGCUCCUAAAAGCGCCCGUCGUAAGGAGAAAUUGCGCGAGCACUAUCGCGAGAAUUACAGGGAGCGUCACCGGCUGCGCGAACAUAACAGUCGCCAGCAGCAGCAGCAGCAGCAACCACGUGGUGCCAGUGGCGUCGGAACCGGCGGCGGGGGCAGACGCGGCAGCGACGAUAAACCGCAUAGGGAGCGCGGCGACCGCAACGGUAUCGCCGAUCACGGUACGAAAGAGUCGCAUCCCGAUGGAAAAAGAGACGAGCAAAGUGUCGAGACAGAGGUUCAAUCGACAUCCCCGUCGUCGUCGGUCAAAUAUGUCGAAGCGCCUUUGCCGUCGGUUAAUCCUUGGAAAAAUAGGAUAUCCACACAGCAGCAGCAACAGCAGCAAGUUGUCGCGACGACAACACAGCAAGACAGUGUUCCGAGUGCAUGCACUAAUAGACAAAGUGAGAAGGAGAGGAGAGUGCCGCAACCGCAGCCGCAGCCGCAGCCGCAGCAGCAGCAGCAACAGCAGCAGCAGCAGCAGCAGCAGCAAAAUGCAGCUGAAAAUGGUAUCGAAGGCGGUGCCCAACCCACAAUUAUCAGACCGCCCAAAGACAGGAGGAGAAACAUUCAAAGCGCAAACAAUAUUACUGACAUGGGAGACUGGCCCACUUUAGGAACACAAGCAGAGAAAAAAGCAACGAUAUCUCCUCCGAAGCAAAAUGGCGUGUUGAAUGGUGAACCAAGCACGUCCAAGCAAGAGAGUAGCGCUAACGAAAACAAAACAAGCAAAGAAAGCAAGGAUCCAAAUCACUGCCAGGACGAUAGUGACGAGCAGAUAGACAACGGCGAAAAGAAAAAGAAAGCAAAUAAAAACAAAUGGGUUCCUUUCGAGAUCGAUCUGGCGCAGAGACGCGGGACUGUGCGCUCGUCGAGAUUUCACAACUACAGAGAUAGGAACGGCGAGGUGAAUGACGACGAGCAUUGGCGCGAAAAAAGUUAUGACAGAUCGACGGGUUAUCAACGAGGACGAGGAGGCAGAAGUUACAGAGGUAGAGGAAGAGGCGGUCGUAAUCGUGGCAGUUUUAGAUAUCGCCAGGAUAAUGAAUACGCUAAUUACAACGCGGACUAUAUGCAGGCCCAUAAAUACGAGUGCGAUGGGUAUAUGAUACCUUUCAUGGGAACUUAUUAUUUUAAUAAUGUGAAUUAUAUAGACCCUAUUACGCUAAAAGAAUAUGUACGCAACCAAAUAGAGUAUUACUUCAGCGAAGAAAAUCUUAUGAAAGAUUUCUUCCUUCGACGUAAAAUGGAUUCGGACGGAUUUUUACCUUUGCAUUUAAUUGCCUCGUUUCAACGUGUGCAAAAUCUAACGACAAAUUUAGAAUUAGUGAUGGAAGCAGUCGGAGAAUCCGAUAAAUUGGAACUACAGUUCGAAGGCUGGGACGAUUGUAGAGGAUGCAAGAUCAGGACAAGAUUCAGUCCGAGAAGAUGGCCUAUUACGGAUAAUGUUGUCGGGUCGAGUAUUCCGGAACAACAAUCCGUGUUAUCCGAAAACAAAAUCUCACAUCACCCAGUCUCAGUUCCCGAAGUCUCAACCACUGAAGUCAUAUUUCGUCCCGCCGCACGACCUUUGAUCACGAUACCUGCUCCACCAGUUCCUCGCAUUCUUGAUUCCUAUCGGAUCGAUUCGAUGGGGAAUAAUGUUCAAGCAAUUGAGGAUGUGGCGUAUCAUAAUGGAAUAGAAAGCGAUUUGCCAAAAGACUUUUUAAAUCCCGACGUACCCGAAUUUGUUCCGCCGCAUACACGCGACGAACUCGACGAGAUUGAUAAACUGUUUCGGAUAAAUACAGAUUUACAUAAAUGUAAUCUCGCUGAUGAAAGUAAUGAAACACAGAAUGCGGUUAAUUCUGGACAAACAAACGAAGACGCUUCCGAACUGACAAAUAGCAUAGCGACGCCUUUUCAUCCUAACAACAAUCUUCCUGAGAAGCUAGAUAAUAGAGCAGAUGCAACGGAUUCUUCCACUUUGAAUAGCUUAGCAGGAGAACAAAUAAACGGAGAAUCAGAUUCGUCAAGCGACAAUGCUUGGCAAGAGGUGAGGAGAAAACCUAAACAAUCGCAUAAAGAGAAAUCCGAAGAAAAAGAAAAGGCGGAAAAGAGCAAGAGCGAGGAACGAGAGGAAUUAGACUUCCAGUUUGAUGAAGAACUAGAUACGCCACCUCCGACUGGCCGACAUAAUGCUUUCUCGGAAUGGUCCGAAGAUGACGAAGAACUGCGAACGUUUAGGACUGACAACGACGACGAAACGCAAACUUACAAAUCCGAAAAUGAUGAGGAUUACGAACUAUCAGAUAGAGAUAUUGAUAAACUACUGGUUCUCACACAAACCAGUUUGUUGUCAUCUAGAAUUCCCAAACAUGAAGGUUAUGAUAGAACGGGAAUUUGGACUACAAGGGUAAAGAUAACUCAGGAAAUGGAACAGCGAAUUAACGACGGAUUACACUAUUAUCAAGAGGAAUUAAAGAAACAAGAUUCAAAUCAGAGAUAUGGUUCUUCCUCGUCCAUUGGAAGCUAUAAGAUCAACGUUGUUAGUCAGGAAGAUUUCGAAAAAAUGGCACCAAAAGUUCAGAGAAAAGCGAAUCCAGAAGUGCCACCUCCACCACCUUCCGCUAUAGACGAUAUAGAAAUUUCUCAGUCGGCCGCUUCUUCGUCGCAGCAUUCGAACACAAAUCAAGAUAAAAAGGAUCACAGACCGGAAAAAAACCACUGGAACGAAAGAUCACGAGCGAAGGGAGGACAGAGAAGCGUCGCGCCUCGUUUCUUCGCUGUUACGAAAGAUAGACCGUCCGUUGAUCCGAAAACACCGCGUAAAAAGAAAACUCGUUACAGCGCCAAUCCUCCUGUGGAGCAUCAUGUAGGCUGGGUUAUGGACGUUCGAGAACAUCGUCGUCAACGAACAUAUUCUACUGGGAGCAGCGCCGGUACAAGUCCAAAUGAAGGUUAUCUCGCGAACAACUGCGGCAGCAUGCCCAGUUUCGUCGAACAUCCGAGUCAUGCUCUGUUGAAAGACAAUGGAUUCACUCAAUUGGCAUAUCACAAAUAUCACUCGCGUUGUCUGAAAGAUCGCAAACGAUUAGGUAUUGGACAGUCGCAAGAGAUGAACACGCUUUUCCGUUUCUGGUCGUUCUUCUUGCGAGAAAACUUCAAUCGCACCAUGUACGACGAGUUCAGAAUAUUAGCCAAAGAGGAUGCAUGCGCGGGAUAUCGAUACGGAUUGGAGUGCCUUUUCAGAUUUUACAGUUACGGCCUAGAAAAGAAAUUUAGACCUGCGCUGUAUGAAGAUUUCCAAGUAGAAACGAUAAACGAUUAUAAGAGCGGUCAGCUGUAUGGAUUGGAAAAAUUCUGGGCAUUUUUGAAAUAUUACAAGAAUUCCGAUCAGCUUCAAGUAGAUCCUGAAUUGCAAGAAUAUUUGUCAAAAUACAAGAGUAUUGAAGACUUCCGUGUAGAACCUCAAAUACACGAUAUCUUCCAAUCAAACGCACGAAAUGCCGCGAAAAGGCGUCUCAGAAGCGUUUCCGAGAGUGCCGGCGCUGAAGACUUGCUGUCGAGCCGAGAACGCAGACUCUCGGGAGGCUGCAGUGCAGUUACACUGCCGAUUCGGAUUGCAAACGAAAUGUACUCUGAAAAUAAUUUCGCGCAAAAAUCGCGCUUAGAAACCGCAAAUUUGUCGCAAUUCCGAAUCAGAGCCGGUUCCUUCGGUUCCGGUAGACUCUGUUAUUCCCGACGGAGAAACGAUUCCGCGCCGUCGAGCGGAUCGCGACAAGAUCACAACAAGCAACAGUCUCGAAGCAGACACAAUUCCGGUUCCUACACGAUGCCUCAUGAAGCAAGCAAAUCCCAAACCACUGCCAGAGAAAGAAUCCAAACGAGCAAACCCGAAACAAGUAAAUCUGUGGUAAGGAAGACCGAGGGUUCGUCUACCUCUCAGAAAUGAACAGUUGAAUGAUUACAAAAAACAAAACAAAAAAAUUAACAAAAACGCGCGCGGGUUUGCACCCGUGUAAUUCGACGAGAAAAUGAAAAACAUUGAUUCGCUUUUCAAAGAAAAUUUGAGCGGUGUUCUCGUCAAUUCUGACGGCAGUCAGAAUUUAUUUGACAAAUUUAUCUGAAAGAAAACAAAGAGAAAUUGCAUUCUCGAGGAAGAUCGUAAAUCUGCGCAAUCUUGAUUUGUUACCGUUGAGCAUAUAAUUUAUAAAAACAAAAAAAAACAAAACAAAAUCUAUAUGAUGAUACAUUUCACUUUUGGACGCGUGAUUUAGUGUGUAAGAUUAUGUAUUUACUUGAUAUUUAAAGUCCUUCGCGUGUGGCAACGGGUGGUCGCAGGAAUUAUUUUCAUUUAACGCUUCUCACAUUGCUUAUAUGGUGUGUACCUUACAUUUUGAGGGCAAGCAAAGAAGUUUAAGCAUGAAUAAUAAUGAGCAAUUGCGCCGCGGAUAUGUGAAAGCGAUGAAGUGUAUAUAUUCAAAUUUUUUCGUAUUUACGCUUUGUUUUUCAUAUUUUAUGGCAUAUACAUGUAUAUAAAUAUAUAUAGAGAAAAAGAGUGAACUCGUAAACGUAAAACGGUAUCGUACGUGGGAUGUGACGUGAAUUACCGGACACUGUUUAUCCGUGCGAGUGUUUCAUGUACAAACAGUGAAGUGCUAUCUUUAUCUGAAAGACAACGUAGAGAUGUAAAAUAAUAAGCAACAAAAGAAAAAACUAAUCGCCUAACUAAAUAUAUUGUAUUUGAAUACGCAUAAGUUAAAAAAGAUUUUUUUCGUAAACAUUAUAAAUGGCAUAAAUCAGCGAAAAUAGUUGUAUAGGUAUGAAUCUAUAUAAAAACAAUCGCGAGAAAAAUUCGUACGCUUUUCUGAUUCAUCAUGAGGUGAAUAGAGGACUCGAAGUUAUUUGUUCUUUUCUUUAGAUAUAUAUUGACACGCUUUUUAUCGCGAAAAAAUGGCGUCUUUUUUGUUGAUUUUUCUUUUUUUCUUUUUUUUUUCUUAACAAGAUAUUUUUUAUAAGAAGAACUUACACUCUCUUUACCACUGGGACGUACCAAUAAUGUUCACUUGUUGUCUCGAAACGUUAAUGAAAAUAAUAGAAAUUAUAAAAAUUUGUUAUAUCUUCUCAGUCUUGUUGAAGGCUCGCAAAUGUGGGCGAGCUGCUUUCGUCGUUUAAUGAUUUUUGCUAGAUUUAUAGAACACUAUACACUGUAUGUGGAUGAUGUGAACGAUAACAUAAAUAUAACACGGAAAAAUUAGCAUGGAAAAAUAUUCUCGCGUCAAAAGUCUGAGUGAAGGUUUUUUUUUUUUACAAACUCAUCACUUCCGAAACUGACUUUUGGAAUCGAAUUUUUAGAGGAAGUUACUUGUAAAAUUAUAGUGUAAAAUUAUUUUGUCAAUCAAGUUUAAAUACAUACACACACAAACACAUACACGUUUGUUUAUACGUAACGUUGACUGCGAAAUAAUUAAAAUUUUGCAUUUCGAAAAGUAGAACAAAAAUCGUUAGGAAAAAAAGUGAUAUUUAUCUUAUAUAUACAUAUAUAUAUAUGUAUGUAUAUAUAUAUAUAUAUAUAUAUUAUAUAUAUGUAUGUAAUAAGAUAUUUACCUAAACAUAUUUAUUCCAUAUCGUGAGAAAAAUUACGAUAUUCCGUCGAGAUAACUUUGUAAAUAGAAAUAAAAAAAAUCGAUACGGCGUUAGCCGUGUGUUAGCCGGUCGGAAACAAGUUGAUCGAAAUUUGUCUCGAUAAUUUGUUCCUUCUUCUUUAAGCAAAAUCCCAAUUGAAUUGAUCAAGAGGUUGCUUGUUCUUUUUUUUUUCUUUUUUUUUUUUUUUUUUUUUUUAUAUU